GAAAUUUUAUAGGAAUAGGCCUUUCUCACUGUAAAGAGGAAGCUAGUGAGCCCCAUUAUUAGGGUAUCAUGAACAUCUCAUAUGCCGAAAAAAAGCCUAAAGACAGUUCUCGGUCUCAAGCAAGGUAGUCAGUUCAUUUGAGCUUUAUUCCACGCUCUUCUUAAGCUUCUCUCCCUAUAUAUACACACAACAACAGCAGGUUCUUAGCAAUUGCUACAAGUGAUCAUACAAGCUUUGGUUAAAAUGGCAGCAGCAGCAGCAGCACAAAAGAUGCUCCGUAAGAGCGAACGCCACCUCUUCUCGUCAUCAGAUGACGCAGCUGUGCUGAAACAAAUCCUGGCGACCCACUCUCCCGAUGGCCUUGAUGUUGAUGUCAGGCCCAUAUUGCACGUAGUCGAGGAAGUCAUGCGAAGAUCUACGCCAACCGUUAUAGUGACACCUGAAUCGAUUGAGCCUCAACUUGAAGUCUUGGAUGAGAAGAUGCAUUAUGCAGCGAUGGGUGGGGUCCUGGAGUCACUUGCAUACACUAUCCACAAAAUUUACUGCGAGAUAGCGUACAGAGCCGGCGGUGGAGAUGCCCACACAACAACUAUGCACGUACUCAAUUCACUAUCAACUUAUACCUGGGAUGCCAAAGUAGUCCUAGCAUUGGCUGCCUUUGCUGUAGGCUAUGGCGAGUUUUGGCUGACAGCUCAGCUUCACACUGUGCAUCCCCUUGCUAGAUCAUUAGCGCAACUGAAGCAACUCCCUGAUAUUCUCGAGCACACUGAUGCUCUCAGACCCCGGUUUGAUGCUGUCAACAAUCUCAUCCACGCCAUGCUCGAUGUUGCCAAGUGCAUCGUUGAGUUCAAGGAGCUCCCUUCCGAGUAUAUUACACUUGAUUCUCAUGACAUGAACAUGGCCAUGGCUCAUAUCCCGACAGCUGUCUAUUGGAUCAUUAGAAGUAUUAUUGCAUGUUCUUCGCAGAUCAUUGGGCUAAUUGGCCUUGGACAUGAGUACAUCAGCUCCACGACAGAGGCAUGGGAGCUGUCGAGUUUAGCCCAUAAACUAAGAAACAUGCAUGGCCAUCUUAUGAAGCAACUUGCUCUGUGCCAUCAACACAUUGCUGAGAGAAGGCAUAUUGAAGCCUAUGAUACGCUUGUUAGACUCUUUGAGACACUCCACCUUGACAAUAUGAAGAUCCUCAAGGCUAUGAUCCAUUCCAAGGAUGACCUCCCUCUUAUUGAUGGUCAAACUAAGAGAAGAGUCGGUGUUGAUGUCCUAAGAAGAAAAAUCGUCAUGUUGUUUAUUUCUGACAUUGACAUCAGCCCCGAGGAGCUCUUCGUACUCAUACAACUAUACAAUGAUACCCACCAAGGAAAGAUCGAGAGGAAUUACGAGAUUGUAUGGUUGCCAAUUAUUGAUAAGAAUCUACCAUGGCUUCCUGAAAAAGAGGAGGCAUUUGAUCGAUUGGCAUCUACAAUGCCAUGGUAUUCACUCCAUCAUCCUUCUCUGCUAGACCCAGCAGUGAUCAAGUAUAUAAGGGAAGUAUGGAAAUUUGAAAAGAGGCCUAUGCUGGUUGUGUUGGAUCCUCAAGGAAAAGUUGUAUCCCCUAAUGCACUUCACAUGAUGUGGAUUUGGGGGAGUUUGGCCUUUCCUUUCACUAGCAAUAGGGAAGAAGCUCUCUGGAGGGAGGAGACAUGGAGACUUGAGUUCUUGGUGGAUGAGAUUGAUCCUAUGAUACUCAAUUGGAUAAAAGAAGAUCGUCAUGUUUGCCUCUACGGAGGAGAAGACAUUGACUGGAUCAGGCGGUUCACAACGACUCUUCGUCGUGUGACUCAAGAGGCCAGAAUUCCCUUAGAGAUGGUCUAUGUUGGCAAAAGCAAUCCAAAGGAACGCGUAAAAAAAGCCAUUGCUGCAAUCGCCACCGAAAAACUAAGCGGGUACUGGCAAGACCCAGCCAUGGUGUGGUUCUUCUGGGUCAGACUAGAGAGCAUGCUGCACUCAAAGAUGCAACAUGGAAAGAGCAUCGAGAAUGACCCGAUCAUGCAAGAAGUCAUGACUAUGCUAAGCUUUGAUGGCAGUGAUGAAGGAUGGGCAGUUAUUAGCAGAGGAUCAGUUGAAAUGGUGAAGGCACACGGAAAGAAAAUAGUUGACUGCCUUCUGCAGUUUGAUACAUGGAGGGAAUAUGUGCAGCAAGAUGGAUUUGUUCCGGCACUUACAAAUGCAUUGGUGCCUUUUCAUACGCAUGAGCAUUGUACACGACUCAUAUUGCCAGGGGAAACAGGAAAUAUUAAGGAGCAAGUGGUGUGUGCAGAGUGUAAGAAGCCAAUGGAGAAAUUUGUUCUCUACCGCUGCUGCAAUGACUAAUUAAAAUUACAAGUACCUGGUGAGGGGUGGUGAAGGAGAAAUAGAACAUAACAGAGCUUGCAGUUGCAGGGUUUCUGUGGUAGCAAUAAUUAAGUGUGAUGAUCUUUCCGAUUUUCGUUACGAGAGUGAUAUUAUGUUUGUAUUUGUCAACCUGCUUUGCAGAUUCACAUUUGACAUUAAAUUUCAGUACUGUUUGUGUGUGUCACCUCUGUAGUUGGAGUAUAAUAUUUAUGCAGUUACAAGUAAAUAAAGUGUUUCAUUAUCAUU